AUGCGCAGCACACGCAAGAAGGUGUUUGGAAACAAGAAGAAGAAAGAACAGCUCAAGGCCAAGCGAGAGCAAAAGCGGCUGCAGAAGGAGAAGGAGGACGGCACGCAAGCAGCCCCCCAUCCGCCCACGAUCAUUUCACCUGAAGAGUUCGAACGCGAUGAUGCACCGAAGCUGCGUGUGAAAAGAAAGGAUCGCCAGCCCAAGGAUACUGCCCCUGUCGAUGAUCGCAACAAACUGCGCACAGUGUUUGAAAAGGAGUCAAAGGAAGAGGUGGAGCUCAGGAAGAAGCGAGCACAGCUGCCGCUGGCACGAUGGCAGCCGCGCAUCGCCGACGACUACUUCUACAGGCAAUUCAUCGGUAUGCCCAAGCGCCCGCCGUGGUCCUACUCGAUGACCAAGCAGCAGCUGGAGGAGCGCGAAAAGAAGUACUUUGACGACUGGCUCGCCAACAUCUACCACCACUACCCGCGGGAACGACUCAACUACUUCGAGCACAACCUGGAGGUGUGGCGGCAGCUCUGGCGCGUCAUCGAGCGCAGCGACAUCCUCGUCAUCGUUGCCGACGCGCGCCAUCCGCUAUUUCACUUCCCUCCAUCGCUCUACUCGUACGUCGCCAAGGACCACAAGAAGCCCAUCAUGCUCGUGCUCAACAAGAUCGAUCUCGUGCCCGAAGACGUGCUGCACCAGUGGGUCGAGUACUUUGAGAAGCGCUACCCGCUGCUCAAGGUGGUCACCUUCACCUCGUACCCCAACGAGGAGACCGUCACGCUGGGCAAGGACGCCGACAUCGACAUCGAGCGGAAGCGGAAGAAGCGCAUCCGGCGCAAGUACCACGCCGUCGGCGGGAAGGAGCUGAUGGAGCUCGCCGCCCGCUUUGCUCGCGAGCGCGGCCUGCAGGCCGGCGACAUCAUCGGCGCCUCCGAGAAGCAGCAGCAGCAGCAGCAGCAACGCCAAGCUGACGAGGCCAACGAUGACAACGGCAGCGAUGAGGAGGAGUCGGACAAGGACGAAGACCUGGUGUCGGGCGAUAUCGAAACGCUGGAGGAGGAUCUCGACUACGCCGACCCCACGACCCAGCAGGAGUACGCGCGCAAGCUGGGCUUCGUCACGAUCGGCAUGGUGGGCCACCCCAACGCCGGCAAGUCGUCGCUGAUCAACGGCCUCAUGGGGAAGAAGGUGGUCAGCACGUCGUCGAGCCCGGGCCACACCAAGUACCUGCAGACCAUCUUCUACAGCAAGGGCAUCCGGCUCUGCGACUGCCCCGGCUUGACCUUCCCCGCCCUGGACAUGCCCAAGCCACUUCAGGUGCUGGCGGGUCUGUAUCCGAUCGCGCAGGUGCGGGAGCCCUACUCGGCGGUGGGCUUCCUCGCGGAGCGGGCGCCGGUGGAAAAGGUCUACGGCCUGACGCUCGAGGAUCCGUCGAAGCCCUGGAGCGCCUGGGAACUGUGCGAACGCUACGCCCAGAAGAGGGACUACACGACUCGCCAUGGCGCCUGGGACACCUAUCGCGCCGGCAAUGAGAUACUGAGAGACGCGCUGGACGGGAGAGUGCUGCUGUUCUUCUAUCCGCCAGAGGAGACGCCUGAUGCCGAUGGCGGUCCGCACGAAGACGAAGUGACACACCACCCCGUGGAAGGCAAGGACACUAGUACGCAUGAUGAUGACGAGAAGGCAGCCACUGAUGAGGAUGGCGGCGAGGAGGAAGACGUCGAGUCCUCCGUGUCAGAGUCCAGCGACGAGGAAGACGAAGACGACCUCGCGCCGCAGACGCAGAACGCCUUUGCAUUGCUGGAAGAAGAAUGCCCCUGA